UGCAGAGGCGCGGCGGCGUUCUCCUUGCCGGGCUCCGUUAUUGAUGUGCGUCUGCUCGGGCGCAACGCGCUGCUGCGAACCCAUCCUCGUCGCGCCCCUUGCAGCAAGAGAUCGGCCAGGUGCUGUGUUGUACGCGCCCCACGCCAGCCCCACCCGUGUACCACCGACGCCCUGCAAGUGCAGCACUGACGAGUGCACUCGCAACUCCGUGACUAAUGGCCGCAUAAAUUUUCGGCCCUGGACGCCUCGGUAGGGCCGGGGCCGGAGAACUACAUAGUGAGGCUAAAAAUGAGCUUAAAAGUAUCAUUAGUGAUUGUGAGUGUGCUGAUUGCUGCGACUGCUGUUCUGGCCCUGGACAAUGGCCUCGCAAGAACACCUCCUAUGGGAUGGUUAGCAUGGGAGCGUUUCCGGUGUAACACUGAUUGCAAGAAUGACCCCGACAACUGUAUCAGUGAGAGGCUGUUCAGAACUAUGGCUGACCUGGUCGUGUCAGAGGGCUAUGCAGAUGUAGGCUACGAAUACAUCAACGUAGAUGACUGCUGGCUUGAAAAAGAGAGGAGCUUUUCAGGACAACUUGUAGCAGAUAAACAGAGAUUUCCUAGUGGCAUGAGGUCUCUUGCUGACUAUGUACACUCAAAAGGACUUAAAUUUGGUAUCUAUGAAGAUUUUGGAAACUACACUUGUGCUGGUUACCCUGGUGUACUUGGUUACUUGCAACUGGAUGCUCAAACUUUUGCUGAAUGGGAUGUAGAUUACGUGAAGUUAGAUGGCUGUUAUGCUCACCCCAGUGAGAUGGACAGAGGUUAUCCCGAAUUUGGAUACCAUUUAAAUCGUACUGGACGCCCAAUGAUUUACUCAUGCAGUUGGCCUGUUUACCAAAUAUAUGCAGGCAUGCAGCCAAAUUUCUCCUCUAUUGUGGAGCACUGCAAUCUCUGGCGUAACUAUGAUGACAUUCAAGAUUCAUGGAAGAGUCUUGAAACAAUCUUUGAUUAUUAUGGUGAUAACCAGGAUGUUAUUAUUCCAAAUGCAGGACCUGGACACUGGAAUGAUCCUGACAUGCUUAUCAUUGGAAACUUUGGACUUAGUUAUGAACAAAGUAAGACUCAGAUGGCGUUGUGGGCCAUUUUAGCUGCCCCAUUGCUCAUGUCUGUUGAUCUGAGAACAAUUAGACCAGAGUACAAAGCUAUUCUUCAAAACAAGAAGAUUAUUGCUGUUGAUCAAGAUCCCCUUGGAAUCCAGGGCCGCCGUAUUUACAAGCACUCUGGCAUUGAAAUUUGGGCCCGUCCCAUCAGUCCUACAUACCAAAAUUACUUCUCAUACGCCCUUGCUUUUGUGAACCGCCGUGUGGAUGGCACUCCAUCAGACAUUGCUGUCACGUUGCAGGAACUAGGACUGUACAACCCUGGUGGAUAUGCAGUUGAGGACCUUUAUGAAGAUGUGAGCUAUGGAGUUCUCACCCCUCAAACCAAAAUCAAGGUGAAAGUGAAUCCUUCUGGAGUGGUAAUUCUUCGUGCUGAUGUGCGACCGACAAGAGCCCUUGCCCAGCAGUUCCUUGAGGCUCGUACUCCUUAUGACCCCUACCAGCAAGUUUUCCAAGUUCGCCGUAGCAGUUUUCAGAAGAAGUAAAUUAUUCUAAGUUAUUUUGUACUUUAAUUUGAAAGACUUGUGAGCUUCUGAUUUAAGGUGACCUUUCAAGAUGAAGCAAACAGACAGAAGUCACAGUGGAAUGUGUCAAAGUUGAAUUCAUAUAAAUCAAUCUUUUAAAUUCAAUUUAAUUUCAAGUGUGCCCUAUGGCUCAGUAUUUAUUAUUCCCAUAAUUCUGGAUGUAUAAUUUAGCUCACCAGCUCAAAAACAAAAAAUAAAAUCUUUGCAAACUUUUGAUUAUUUCAAAAAAUAUAGCAGUUGUGAAAAACUUGCCUUUUUUUUGUUCAGACACAGAAAGUACUUCUGUAAAAGUAUCUUUCCCAAUUCAAAUGAAUAUUACAAGCUGGUGAGAAAUAAGACUGUUAAAGAAAAAAUGAUAUUAGGACAUCCUUAAUUGUGUUAAUGUUAAACAUCGAAUCAAUAUUAGAGUUAUGUGUGCAGUGCAACAUUAUUUUAUCUUAUAGUUCCAAUUUGGUUCUGAUUUCCUCUUAUUCUUGCAACCUUCUCAGGUAAGAAGGCCAAAUGCUUUCGAUUUUUCUUCAUGCUUUUCAGCUCAGAGUUCUGUUCUUGUGACAAUAUUGAACUGUAAAGAGACUGAUGAGAUGUAAUACAGAACAGUCAAUUUUAGAGGAAGCCUUACUUUUAACUGUUGUGUUCUCUUGUACUGUACACUAGAGCCCUUGCACUACUUUGUCAUUGUCUAUGUGCUUCCAAUGGUUUGGCCAACAGAGUUACAGUUAGUGCCAUCCUUGUAAACAUUAAGUUUGGUGAUGUCAUUUGUUUGCUAUAUUAAAGUUUUGUAUGAAUGAACAUCGUCCAAACAGCUUAUCAUCAUGUAGGGACUUUGUGUCCAAUAAUUUACAUUUGUGGUUUGUGGUUGUACAAUACAACCACACUCAACAUAUCAGAUGAAUGAGUCUUUAUUUGAUGUAAAGCAAACGUUUCAGGUCAUGGCAUAGGUCAAGCCUGCUAUAAAAAUGUGAUAGAAACAAAUUUAGUGUGUCUUGUUCUUAAGUAUUUGUGUUAUUUUAUUGUGUGAAUUGUGCACCAGUAUUGCGAGCAAACCUAUACUUUUAAGAAUGUGUGUGUGUGUGUGAAUAUUUGUAAGUAUUGUAAAGUAAAAUCUUUGAAAACUCAAUGACAGGGUGAUACAUCGUGAUCUUUUCUUUUUUGUUAUACAGUAACUCGUAUAGGCAUUUUAAACAACAUUUUGUGGGAACUUUUUACAUCACUCCUUAAAUGGAAACUACUGAACACAUAUUUUAGACUUGUUUUACUUGUUUCCUGUUACUUUGUUGGUGUGCAAAAUUUUGAUUUAAAGGCAGAUCCAUCAUUGUACAUAAUUUAAUCUUCUUUUAACUGUACUUGUGAUGCAGAGCACAAUAAUUUUCUUAUCCUUAAAUGUAAAAAUAUCAAGUGUGGUGGUCUCACUGUGUUACAUAGUAGUGUUCACAGCAUGUUUUCUGUUACUUGCUGAUGACUUAAUUUUACCUUAUGUGAUCUGUGCAUCUUAACUUGAAAUGCAAAGCACAAUUUGUAUUUUAGAUUUGUUUUUCUAAAUGAAAUGUAAUCUGUUUUAUCAUUCAAUUUUAUGUUGUAGUUGGAACCCACCGUCAUUCAAGCCUUUUUUACCUGUUACUUUUGAACAAAUUUGCAAAAUUGGAAAGAAUUGGAUGAAUGGCUAUGUUGUUAAAAUAAAAAUAAUUUUGAUCACA